GAGGAGGAGGAGGGAGGGAGGGAGCUGCAGGCAGCAGCGGACACCAAAGUCUCGGGCUGUCACCUCCCAUCCCGUCGGGCUGUCAGUUGACAGCAGCACACAUGAACAUCAAUGCCCGCUGAGCUGGAGCUGACCACCCGGUGACAUUACGUCGUGUCCACCGCUGCUUCGGUGUUUUCUGUGAAACGGGGCGAGGACAUGACAGGAUACACCCUCGUCAUCCCCGCGGACCACUAGCUCCGACCGCGUAGGAGGGCUGAGCAUCUGCGGCUAGUAGCCGUUAGCUUCGCAGGCUAGCGGCGGCGGUGAGCGGAGGCUGCCUCAGCUUUAUGCCGUCAUAUGGCGAGCGAAGGUCGGGGAGACGCGUCUCUGUUCGUCCGCAGCGAUUAGCUAAGACAAACGGCGUCWUUUAUUUAUCAUUUUAACGUUUUAUUUCAAGGGUGAAUAACAAUUUGUUGCUAAUUUUCCCCGGUGAUUUACGCCUUUCAUGUUGCUUUUGUGUAUAAUUUUAUAAAAAAUAUAUAUCGUUGGUGUUUGCUAACCUAGCGCUACACGGAGCUAAUCGGCUAUGCUAACGCCAGCUCACUGAGAGCUCCAGACGUGUCGAGGGAAGGAAGAGCGUUGAUGCGGGCUGGAGGGAAGAGACUGUUUUAAGGUGAAUGAGAGCAGCUCUGUUGGUCAUCCUGUUUUCAAAGUUAGCUUUAGCCAGGCUGUGUGUGUGUUGGGGGCGACUUGGGUCACUUUGGGUUUGCGAACUGGCCAAAUGAACAGUGUUGGUGUUCUCGAAUUGUGAGCUAAACAACACCGCAUCAUCACCAUCGCCCCCAGAGACUGCAUCCACCAGCCGGUCUGCUUGAAACAUGGCUUCGGCAGGAGGCAUCGCCGCAGCCAUUGCCAGCAAAACGAAGACGAAGAAAAAGCACUUCGUCGCCCAGAAAGUGAAGCUCUUCCGCGCCAGCGACCCGCUGCUCAGCGUGCUUAUGUGGGGAGUCAAUCACUCGAUAAACGAGUUAAGCCAUGUUCAGAUUCCCAUCAUGCUCAUGCCAGAUGACUUUAAAGCCUAUUCGAAGAUUAAAGUGGACAACCACCUCUUCAACAAAGAGAACAUGCCUAGCCAUUUCAAGUUUAAGGAGUACUGCCCUCUUGUGUUUCGAAACCUCAGGGAGAGGUUUGGCAUUGAUGAUCAGGAAUUCUCAAAUUCUCUGACACGCAGCGCUCCCUUGAACAGUGAAGCCCAGGGCCGCAGCGGGGCCCGCUUCCACACCUCCUACGACAAGCGCUACGUCAUCAAGACCAUCAGCAGUGAGGAUGUGGCCGAGAUGCACAACAUCUUAAAGAAAUACCAUCAGUUUAUUGUGGARUGCCAUGGCAACACGCUGCUGCCUCAGUUUCUGGGGAUGUACCGUCUCACAGUGGAUGGAGACGAGACCUACAUGAUUGUUACACGCAACGUUUUCUCCCACCGCCUUUCUGUCUACAAAAAAUAUGAUCUCAAGGGUUCUACUGUGGCAAGAGAGGCCAGCGACAAGGAGAAGCCACCCCCACCAGAGGAUGUGCCCCUGCGGCCCAAAUCUGGUAACGUUCAGCAAAGGCUGCAAACACUGCGGAUUGCCACGCGCUUUUACUGCGCCAUGAAACACGUAAGAGAUGCCAAGGAGCUGCCCACCUACAAGGACAAUGACUUCAUCAACGAUGGGCAGAAGAUUCACAUUGAUGGGGAGAACAAGAAAAUGUUUUUGGAGAAGCUUAGGAAAGAUGUGGAGUUCCUGGCCCAGCUGAAGCUCAUGGAUUACAGUCUGCUGGUGGGGAUCCACGACGUGGAGCGAGCCGAGCAGGAGGAGGUGGAGAGCGAGGACAACGAGGCAGAGGACGAGGGGGAGAGCGACGGCGGGGGCAUCGGGACGCCCCCCGACAGUCCCAGCAACACACUGGACAGCACCAAGCCUCUGCUGCCCGGAGAGUUCGACCCGUCCAUCGACGUCUACGCCAUCAAGAGCAACGAAGGUGCUCCAAGGAAGGAGGUUUAUUUCAUGGCUAUUAUAGACAUCCUGCAGCAUUAUGACGCCAAGAAGAAGGCUGCCCACGCCGCAAAAACUGUCAAACACGGGGCCGGAGCCGAGAUCUCCACGGUGAACCCCGAGCAAUACUCCAAGAGAUUUUACGACUUCAUCGCCACCAUCCUGUCGUAGCCUCCAGGAGCAGCAGGGGCAGGGAGGCCUGCGAGGGGGCAGGGAGGGAGGGGAGGGUGGAGAAGUGACGGAGAGGCUAUCCCACCCAGAGGCUGCUGUGAUGGCUCUGUGUCACUCUCCUUCAUCCCCUUUGCUUUUUGUUUUGUUUUGUGUUGUUUUUUUGCUGCUUCACUCUCUUUCAGCGGGGUGCCACACUGCAGCUAAACAAAACCUUUGUUUACAUUAAACGUCUCCUCUGAGUUCUGUUCAUGUGUUCAUUGCGUGAGGAGGUUCUUAAAAGCAAAUGUCCCAAGUCGUUACAAUUUUCCUACCAGUUGCUUUUUUUUUUAUUGCUCUAUAACCCAACAGCACCUGCAUGUUUUAUUCUAACGCGUCGUUUUUUCUCGUGAUGUUCGGCGGYGGGAGGUCGGGGAGGAUUCGAUUCGUUUCGAGUUUGAGGCCGUUUUUGCAUUUCCUCUCGAACAGGAAGUAGGAACCAGUCUUCCAAUGGGCCAAUAAACCGAACCCGCUCCUUUAAAAAAAAAAACGACUCCACCAAACAAACCUUCCAGUUUAGGCUCCUCCUCCAGCUCCUCUCUGUGUCGCGCGUUCACGGCGUUCUGGGUUGUUCUGUUCCCGUUGAGCCGAGGCGUCGUUCGCGCCGUCACUCUGUCCACCUGCGCUGUGCGUCUGAACGCUAAAGGGACAAACGUGUGUCUCAGAGGUGAGCGGAUGGACCCCAGUGCAUGGCUGAUAACGUUACUGGGACGUCUCCAGUUCUGUUCCAGCUGCAGAGGACGGCCCCGGGAGUGUGUCGCUCACCGUUCGUUCAUCCCGAAACAUCAACUCUCCGUCGCCAACAGCACCUUAAUGACCCAAACCGUCGCACUUUUGUUCCGUCAGGAGCCGUGAUUCUGUUACGCUGCGACGAAGAAGAAGCUUGACCGUCUUCGACCUGAAGCUAACGAGCCUGAUCUCAACCCCCCACCCCCACCCUAAAACGACGUUUUUGCUUCGUCUUACAAGCGGAAGAAUAAUUUUUUAAUUUUUAAAUCUGAAGGGGGCGCUCCGUUUACGAUCCAGUUGAAGAAGCGUGCUUUGUGCUUUUUUAUUGUUGAGUUUUUGUUUA